GUCUUGGUUGGGGGCCGUCCCGCACCUAAGACAGGAAGAUGGUGGCAGCAAAGAAGACGAAAAAGUCUCUGGAGUCGAUCAACUCUCGGCUCCAGCUUGUUAUGAAAAGUGGGAAGUAUGUUCUGGGAUACAAACAGACUCUGAAGAUGAUCAGACAGGGCAAAGCGAAAUUGGUGAUCCUCGCCAACAACUGCCCCGCCUUGAGGAAAUCUGAAAUAGAAUACUAUGCCAUGUUGGCUAAAACUGGUGUCCAUCACUACAGUGGCAAUAACAUUGAGUUGGGCACAGUGUGUGGAAAAUACUACAGAGUAUGCACACUGGCCACCAUUGACCCAGGUGAUUCUGACAUUAUUAGAAGCAUGCCAGAACAGACUGGUGAAAAGUAA